CUGGUUUGAACAAGGGGUAUAAUGGUAAUUAAGAUUACGGCAAUCACGGCCUGGGUUUUUCGUAGGUUGUGGCAUUGAGCAAAGAGGGCAGGCCCCGAAGAUCUUCCGAGAAGGUAUCAAGGAUUCAAGGUCGAUCAUGGAAGGUGAACACAAACAGAGAAAUUGGAUGCUUCCACCACCCACCGACCGUCCAGUUCGUGUCUACGCCGACGGCAUAUAUGACCUUUUCCACUUCGGCCAUGCUCGUUCCCUUGAGCAAGCCAAAAAAUCGUUUCCAAAUACUUAUUUGCUUGUUGGAUGUUGCAAUGAUGAAGUCACCCACAGCCUGAAGGGUAAAACAGUCAUGACUGACAAGGAGCGUUAUGAAUCUCUUCGCCACUGCAAGUGGGUUGAUGAAGUUAUUCCAGAUGCACCAUGGGUACUUACACAAGAGUUUAUUGACAAACAUCAGAUAGACUAUGUGGCUCACGAUUCUCUUCCUUAUGCCGAUGCAAGUGGUGCUGGAAAAGACGUCUAUGAAUUUGUGAAGUCAAUUGGAAGAUUUAAGGAGACAAAACGGACAGAUGGGAUUUCCACAUCAGAUAUAAUCAUGAGAAUUGUAAAAGACUAUAACGAGUAUGUGAUGCGCAACUUGGAUCGAGGGUACUCAAGAAAAGAUCUUGGUGUCAGCUAUGUAAAAGAAAAGCGGUUGAGAGUGAAUAUGGGUUUAAAGAAGCUGCGUGAAAAAGUAAAAAAACAACAAGAAAAGGUGGAAGAGAAGAUCCAGACAGUUGCAAAAACUGCUGGUAUGAAUCAUAACCUGUGGGUUGAGAAUGCUGAUCGCUUGGUUGCUGGUUUCCUUGAAAUGUUUGAAGAGGGUUGCCACAAAAUGGGAACAGCCAUCAGAGACAGAAUACAAGAACAGUUAAAGGCAAAUGGAAACAGGAGGGGACUCACGUAUGAGAAUAAUGAUAAUGAAGAGGAAGAAGAUGAAGAUGAAUAUUAUUAUGAUUAUAGCACCGAUGAAGAUGAAGAAGAGUUAUCCAGUGGGUCAGAAUGAAUGAAUCAACAUCUGUGUGGUGUGGACAUUAUAGAACGUGUUUGUGUGAUAUAAAUGGCGUGGCGUGUUUUAGUCUGUGUAUCAUAAAUUUGCAAUUUGGAUUUUCAGUUGGUUUUUCUAAAUGUACCAAAUUUAAGGGUUUCAAGUGACAGGAAGUUAUGUUUUGGACUA